UACGACGGUACACGGAAAUAGAUCUUAGUGAAACACAGGUUACUUCAGAGAGCACACAGCAAAAAAAUCCGCCAACAUGGACCUGAACGCGACUAUUGGGAAGUUGUUUCUGCUAAUCGCUCUUGCAAGACAGCAGAUGUUCCCUGACGCUGCAGCAGAGCCUCAAAUAGCUCUGACCUGCAACGUCACCCAACAAGCCGGUUUUUUCCACUACCAGCUGUCCCGACCGUCUAAUUUAUCCCAGUGUAAUACUUUGUGCUGGGAGGACCAGAGUAGAAACGUUUUGGCUCGGGACUCAAAUUUUAAUCCAGAGCUGGUCAAGAAUCUGACCAAUCAGUCCAUCAUCCUGAAAAACUGCUCGGACUACCUGCGCUUCACAAAGGACUGUAAGGUCUGGGAGGAAGCUCACUGCAGAGUGAACUGCAGCCUUCUGUUAGAUCUCAAGGAUCCUCUUCCAAACACUGUGAACUCCACGUUCAUCUGCAUCACGAGGACUGUGUGUACGUCCCCUCGGAUAUUCUGGCUCUGUAUCACCGCUGUUAUUCUUCUUGUGGUCUUUGUUCUCGGGGGUCUCUUCAUCGGGAGGUGCAGGAGAAGAUCUGCAGUCAUGAGGGUUUCGUACGCUCCUGCAAACCAGCAGAUACAGAUAGAGAGAGAGGAGGUGAGGAUGGUCAACGAAAAAGUUAAUAUCACUCAGCCAAACAGUGGCUGAACAAGCAGAAAACAAGUCUAAAUGUACCCACUAGUGUAUUUAAGACUUAAAUAAUAAUACGAAUAAAAAUAAUAUUUUUUUAUUUAUCAUAUAAGUACCUUAAUGACUAGUAAAAAUAAAAAUAAAUAGAAAUAACACAAGUGCUACACAUACAAAAAUUAUGAAACAGAAAUAUAAACAGUAUAUAGUGUGAUAUUUUACAUUAUCAUUUAUUUUAUAAGUAAUAAACCUACAGAGGAAGGAAGGGGAGAUAAGUUAUAAGUUAUGCAUGUUAUACUAGAACUAAUAUAUCUAUAUAAUGUUUCUUAAAGACAAAAUGAUUUGAUGAUUUAAGAAGAGCUUUAAACCUGUUCAGGGAGGCUGCCGUAAAGUCCAAGUGCCCACAAAAAGAUGACCGAGGUGGGGAUUUUUUUUUACAGAUGUUUAUAGAAAAAUACUUUUUUUUUUUUAUUCAAUCUUAAAUUGUACUUUUU